CGUACUUUGAAAACCAUUUUUUACCACUUCCGGUAAAUAAAUAAAUAAAAUGUACAAAAAGAAAUUUGAAUUGUAAAAUAUUAUUUGGAAUGGUGAAGAAAAUAAAAAAAUACAAAUUCAUGAGUAUGUCAAGAAUCAACUCUAAGAUAAUCGAGAUGAUCGCAUGUCUGUGGAUCAUCCUUACCCUCUCAAGCGUCGCUAUGUCUCAGCCCAACUUUUACACUCACGGUCGUUAUGGAAAACGUGAGGAGACAGCACAUACAUCCUUAGAUCCAUCAACCUUUUUUUCGGGAAGUAGGUAUGGCCGAGGGGAUUCAGAGUUCAAAAAUUCUAAUUUAGAUGAAAAAAGUGUUGAAUUAUUACCGCGAGUUGAUCGAUUUUUUCUUGGAAGUCGAUAUGGAAAAAGAAAAAUGUAUCCAGACGUAUCGGACAAAAGAUUCGCAUCUUUGAAAAAUAUAGAAGCGGCAUUAAAGUACAAUGAUCAUAUGGGCCAUCAAAAAUCGAUUAGUAAUAGUCUCAAUCAAGCUGAUUAUCGAAAUCGCGAUGAAAAUAAGUCUCAUUUGCUACUAAAGUCAAUGAAGAUAAUGAAUUAUCCGAAUCUGAAACGCCUGGAAGAAAAAUAAAUUACAACUAAGUGGAAUCAUCCUAGUAUGAAAAUGCACAAUAUCUUUAUUUCUGCUUUUCACAUUUCGACGAUAAAUGCAAUGUUAUGCCAUACAAAUUUAAGAAAAAUUUUCUCCGAAGACUGAAAUAUUAUAUAAAACUGGAAAUGUCCGAAGAGUCAGUAUUAUAGACUAUUAUAAAUUAUAAUCGAUUGGAAAUAAAUUGAUAAA